AGCAAAACACGCUUGGAAGCCAAGUGAACAGUACAGCAGGCAUGGAGUGGCACUUUCGUCCUGACCCAGGAUCCACAUCAACGCUACAAAUACUACUUUUAAUGUAGUUAUUUACUUUACGUUUUUUUUUAUCAAGUGGAAUUUAUUGGAACUCUGACCUUGACAGCUCUCAUCUGGCGGCUCACACCGGUAACGUCAGGUCUGCCUGGACGAUGAUCCCCAUGACAUUGAACAACCAUAAGGACAUAGAAGGGGCAGCGAGCAGAGUAAUUUGCCAAGACUAGAAGAAGCGAGCGGAACCAUGCCCCUGCCCUUCGGCUUGAAACUCAAACGUACGAGAAGGUACACGGUUUCCAGCAAGAGCUGCCUGGUCACUCGUAUCCAGCAGCUCAAUGGAGAGUUUGUGGAGUUCACGCUGUCAGUGGAGAGCACAGGCCAGGAAUGUUUGGAGGCGGUUGCCCAGAGGCUGGAGUUAAGAGAGAUAACAUACUUCAGUCUGUGGUACUUCAACAAGCAGAACCAGCAGAGAUGGAUCGACCCGGACAAGCCGCUAAAGAAACAGCUGGACAAGUACGGUGUAGAGCCGACUGUUUACUUUGGGGUCGUGUUCUACAUCCCCAGUGUGGUGCAACUGCAGCAGGAGAUUACAAGGUAUCAGUAUUACCUCCAGCUGAAGAAGGAUGUUCUGGAAGGCCGAAUCUCAUGCACGUUAGACCAGGCCAUCCGCUUGGCGAGCCUCGCCGUGCAAGCUGACUUUGGUGACUUGGAUAGCUACGAUUCCCAGGAGUUCCUUCAGAAGUUGGUGCUGUUCCCUAUUGAUUGGAUCCAGGAAGAACGAGUGCCAGAGGAGGCUACUCAGAAGGUGGCCCUUCUCUAUCAGUCCUACAGGGGUUUGCCAGCCCCGGAAGCUGAAAUGCUCUACAUGCAAGAGGUGGAGAAAAUGGAGGGCUAUGGUCAGGAGAGCUACCAAGCCAAGGACCACACUGGCGCUGACGUGACGCUGGGAUCUUGCCUUGACGGGAUCUUUGUCAAGCACAAAAAUGGCAGGCCUCUUAAUUUAUUUAGGUGGAAUGAAAUUAACAACAUGAGUCACAACAGGUCUUUCUUUGCCCUGGAACUGCUCAACAGAGAGGAGAGUGUUCAGUUCCAGACCGAAGACAUGGAAACGUCCAAAUACGUGUGUCGCAUGUGUCUGGCCAGACUCAAGUUUUAUAAGAUCAACAAAAGUAGCCUGGAGGAGUAUGACUCCCGGCAUUCUGGCUGCCAGAAGUCUCUUCUCACUCUAUCCUUUCCUCGUUUUCCAAUGCUCUCUCGCACCUCUCCGCCUUCCAAUAAGGGACCAACGGAGCCCACAGGAGUCAACCUAGUCAGACGAAGAUCAUCAACAAGACUGUCUCUGCCAAAGCCUCAGGGCUACAUGAUGCCCCCAUCACAAAUGCACUACAACGGCCAUUUUACAGAGCCCUACAGCUCGUCCCAAGAUAACCUGUACAUGAACAGUCAGAAUGGAUUUUACUACCACUCCCAAACCAGCCUGGACUGCCCGCCGAUGGAGUAUGGCAGCGGGGGGCGCUUACGCAACGGCAGUGUGUACAGUGCACACAGCACCAGCUCUCUGACCAACCCGCAGCACUAUCUUCAGCCAUCACCCAUGUCCUCCAACCCCUCAAUCACAAGCGACAUCACCAGGCCAGACUACAUCCCUUCACAUCGCCACAGUGCACUCAUCCCACCUUCCUACCGCGCCACUCCUGAUUACGAGACAGUGAUGCGGCAGAAGAAUCGAGGUGGUGGGGGGAUGCUUUUGUCCCAGGAACACCGGCAGAGCCACUCCAUGAGGAACCUCAACAUCGGGAACUCAUAUGCCUACAGCAGGCCCGACCCUCUCGUUUACAGUCAGCCAGAGAUCAGAGGGGAGCAUGGCGGCACUGCCCAGCACCACCAACACCAUCACCACUAUCCUUUCCACAUGGGCUCCAGCUUUCACGGCCCGUCGCCAUAUCACCCGUACCCCACUGAGAGGAGACCCGUGGUGGGGGCGGUUAGUGUCCCAGAGCUCACCAACGUCCAGCUGCAGCAAGCCCAAGAGUAUCCAGCCCCCAACAUCAUGAGGACACAGGUGUACAGACCACCUCCGCCAUACCCGUAUGCGCAUCCUCGGCCCGCUAACAGCACGCCAGACUUGUCACGUCACCUCUACGUCAGUAGCAGCAACCCAGACCUCAUCAUCACGCGCCGUGUGCACCACUCUGUCCAGACGUUCCAAGAGGACAGCCUGCCUGUGGCUCACUCCUUGCAGGAGGUAUCAGAGCCUCUUCUGAGUGGACCUCUGCACAGACCUCCUUACCACGCACAGAAGCGCAAUUCCAUCGAGAUUGCUGGGCUGGCACAGAGCCUGGAGGGAAUGAGGCUCAAAGAGCGGCAAAUGUCUUCGUCAGCGGCCGAAACUGCCACGCCUCCUUCGAUCCCACGUGGCGGUCACUCACAGGGUUCCCAACUCAAUGUUUAUUUGGAGCGCACAAAGACGACAGAAAAGGCUGACAGCAAGGAGGAUGUGUUGUACGGACAUAAGAAAUCUCUCUCAGAUGCCACCAUGCUGGUGCACAGCAGUGGUGAUGAGGAGGAAUUUGAGGAAGACACAGGCCGCCACACGCCACUCUCUCAUGGCACCAUAGGCACCAUCAUUCCCGAAGAGCCGCCUCCACCACCGCAGCAGCAGCAGCAGCAGCUCCAUGCCGUUCACACGCCAUCUGCGCAACAACAGACUCCCCUUGAGCCCCCUCCGGCAUAUCCGAUCGGCUCGUCACUGGACCCCUCGCUAGCUGCUGCCCUCACUUACAAGGUUCAUACACUGAUCCAAGAGAAGGAGCCUCUGUAUCUGCUGCAACCCAGAAUCAUGCCCUCUGUGUCGGAGGGAGACCUGAGUGGCGAGGUCAAGCACAAGUCGAAGAAAGAAUUCAAGAGGAGGCCGGUGUCUGACGUACCUCAGGCAAAGAAGACCAUUGAAGGUUUACCUCCUCCGGGCAUGAAGAAGAGCGUACGGUCGGACAUGAGGAAGAUGGGCCCUCUGAAGGUCGCCCAUUUCAAUGGCCUGUCUGUGUCCAGGCACCCGGCACAGAGUGAGGUCAAGGACGAGCCCGAACAAGCCUCCAAUGAUGAGCGGUGUAAAGUCCUGGAGCGUCAUAUGGAGAUGGGCGAGCUGCUGAAGGAGUACGAGAGCGUCCCCAGGUCUCGCCCGUCUGGGGAGUGCACCAUUGCCCAAAUGGCAGAAAGCGCCGACAAGAACCGCUUCCAGGAUGUGCUGCCAUACGACGACACCCGCGUGGAGCUGGUUCCCACCAAAGAGAACAACACAGGCUACAUCAACGCAUCGCACGUCAGAAUAAACGUGGCUGGACAUGAGUGGAACUACAUCGCCACCCAGGGGCCCCUUUCCAACACAUGCCAAGACUUUUGGCAGAUGGUGUGGGAGCAGGGCGUUGCCAUCAUUGCCAUGGUUACGGCCGAAGAGGAGAGCGGAAGAGAAAAGAGCUUCCGCUACUGGCCACGGCUCGGCUCACGACACAACACGGUGACCUACGGCCGCUUCAAGAUCACCACGCGCUUCCGCACAGAGUCAGGCUGCUACGCCACGACGGGCCUGAAGAUCAAACACCUGAUGUCAGGCCAGGAGAGAACCGUGUGGCACCUGCAGUACACGGAUUGGCCCGACCAUGGCUGUCCUGAGGAUUUGAAAGGCUUCCUCACGUACCUGGAGGAGAUUCAGUCUGUGAGGAGACACACUAACAGCAUCAGCAACACAAACGCCAACCUGCCCGUGCUGGUGCACUGCAGCGCCGGAGUUGGCCGCAGCGGCGUGGUCAUCCUGUCCGAGAUCAUGAUCGCCUGUCUGGAGCACAACAAGAUGCUGGACGUCAAGAGCGUCUUGCUGAAGCUGCGCGGCCAGAGGAUGAUGAUGGUCCAGACCUUGUCCCAGUACAAUUUCAUCUACAAGGUUCUCAUCCAAUACCUCCGCAAUUCCCGCCUCAUCUGAGACCGCCCCGAUAACCGGGAGGAGGUUUGUUGCCAAAAAAAUCAGCUCAAAUGUGCUAUUGGCUGGGCAGAGUGAAGGACCUCCACUUUGAAACAGUAUUAGUUUUUACAUUCAUUAUUGCCUAAUAAAGCACUUUUGCUGUACAGUACAUGAUGACCCAACGUCAGGCUGCAUCAAUACAAUCUUAUGGACAACUCAUUUGACCAAGAUUGUUAUUGUUAUUAACCUUACUGAUGACAACUGUAUGAAGUAACACAAGGUGGCAAUUGAAGGCUUUGAUGUGUGUGUGUGUGUGUGUGUGUGUAAAUGCAAUGAUUGGAUUGUUGUGUGAAAAAGCACUGCCAGAAAGUCAGUGGUUAAAUGAAGUCAAAAAUGAUGUGAAAUUAUCAUUUUAUAUGCUAUUUUUUUAAACUUAAAAGGUCUUUUAUUAAAAAUCUUCAAGUGCCAGCAAA